GAUUGCGCAGCUGGAAAGCUACACAUGUGAGCCUGGAGGUGGGUCCCGGUUGCAGACUUGCCAUGGCCUCCAAAGCUUCUGUGCGUCUAGGGGUGCCCCCUGGCCGUCUGUGGAUCCAGAGGCCUGGCAUCUACGAAGAUGAGGAGGGAAGAACCUGGGUGACUGUGGUCGUGCGGUUCAAUCCCUCGCAUAGGGAAUGGGCCAGGGCCUCAAGCUCCCAGGGCAGCGCCUCCCAGGGCAGCAGAUAUGAACCCAGCAUCACAGUGCACUUGUGGCAGAUGGCAGUGCACACCCGGGAGCUACUCUCCUCCGGCCAGAUGCCCUUCUCCCAGCUGCCCGCCAUGUGGCAGCUCUACCCCGGGAGGAAGUACCGAGCAGCAGAUUCCAGUUUCUGGGAAAUAGCAGACCAUGGCCAGAUUGACUCUAUGGAGCAGCUGGUCCUAACAUAUCAGCCGGAGAGGAAAGACUGACAUUGGGAGUGGCUGGCCCUGCUGGCCCUGCCUCUUCUGGCCUGGUGUCUCCUCAUGCCCCCUCAGUGAGGAUCUUCAUGUACCUGCUCUUCUGUUUGCACACCCAGCAUAGCCUCCUUGCGGGCAGAAGGCAGUAGGGCCCCUGCACACUCAGUUUCUCUCAUUUUCCUUAGUUAUCAGUCCUGUCCUGUCCCACUCGGGCCUGCACUUAGGGCAGCUGGCCUGGAUGGGCUUCACUGGGGCCCUGUCUGUGUGCUGAGCCAGUUUCCCCUGCUGGCUGCAAGCUGUGGGUUCUUUCUCCUCUGUGCCCCUCAUGCUGAUCUUCUAGAUGCCACUCCCAAAUCCCCUUCAUACCCACCAGGAUGUGUGCCCAGCCAGGCCUCCAGCACCCCCAGUGCAGCUCAUGAUUGGAAACUCACCAUCGGCAGGCAGUGGUUCGGUUUAAGAGAUGGCAUUAGAGGGAGCCCAGUCUGGAUGUGGACUUGGAUGCCCCGUGGGUAUCAGUUCUGCUGACACUUUGGCCCGAAAUAGAUCCAGUGCUGAGCAAGCAAUGUACACCGGAGCCUCAGUGAGCCCAUCUGCACAGUGGGGAGCAUGGAGGGAUGGGUUUGGCCUGUGCUUCUGCUUGUUCAGUCCUUCAGCUCACGGAAGGGAUGCUAGUCCGUGAAGGUGACCUCACAGUACUGGUUAAUUAAACGUUAUUGCUCACUGUCCGCUUUUGUGCUGAAUUGGAGCCUCUUUCUAGCAUAGAAAUGGCAGCUUCUGGUACCGAAAUGUUAAGGUAACAUUUUAAUGAUCCAUUUCAUAUUUUUCCACACUGGGAAGGAAAUUGUGAUUGGUCCAUUCAGCAGCAGGACGCCGGCGGGAGUUAAGGAAGGGGAGGAGACUCGUGCGGGCUCUGGGUGAAGCCCUGCUGUGAAAGGGCAGGAAAGCCUGUAGUGGUCACAGGAGAACCGGGAGCAAGGGAGAGCUCCCAAAGCGAGACAAUGCAACAGCAUGUCAUUGCAGGAGAUGCAGAAUGCAGGUGCAAGGGAG